AUGCUGUACGUGGAUGGAAUGAAUGGACUCAUAUGUCACAAUGAGACCGUGCAGUGGCUCUACUCCCUGGUUGGAUCAAAGUUCCGGCUGGUGGUGAAGACGGCUCUGAAGCUGCUCCUGGUGUUUGUGGAAUACACCGAGUCCAACGCCACCCUGCUCAUCCAGGCCGUGAACGCUGUGGACGCCAAGAGAGGAACAAAGUUUUGGUCAAACAUAGUGGAAAUCUUGGAUGAAAAAGACGGAGUGGACACAGAACUGCUCGUCUACGCCAUGACACUCAUCAAUAAGACGCUGGCGGGACUCCCGGACCAGGACCAGUACUAUGACGUGGUGGACAGUCUGGAGGAGCAGGGUCUGGAGUCACUGUCACAGAGACACCUGAGCAGGAAGGGCACCGACCUGGACCUGGUGGAGCAGUUCAACAUUUAUGAGACGGUCCUCAGACACGAAGACGGUGACGAAGAGACGCAGGUCCCUCCGAGCGGGCGGAAGGAGCGCAGGCGGGCCAGUGUGGGCUGCGGCAGCUCCGAGGGGCGGGGCCUGGAGCGCAGACGGAGCCGCAGACACUCUCUUCAGAGCAGCAGAGGACACGUCUCCGCCCCCUCCUCCCCCUCCACACACGGGACCAGCUUCAUGUCCUUCGCUGGGCCCAUCAGUGAGAGAGAGGAGGAGGAGUAUGAUGAGGAUGAAGAAGAGGAGGGGGAGGAGGAGGAAGACGAUCCAGAUUCUGAAAGUCAUCCAGUCAUUGAGUGCAGUAGUCAGGGUGCACACAGUGGAGUCAGUCAGGCCUUGUCUCUGUAUCUGUCCUCCAGUGCGGCUGCAGCUAGCAUGUGUCUGGGCUUUAACUGUUUGGCUCAGCCCCCUCCAGGACCGAGUGUUCCUGAGGUCCAGAGCUCCACUCCUGUGAGCACCGCCCCAUCACAGAGGGACUAUAAUCUGUGUGUGGCAGAAACAUCGCAUGCAAACGACUUUAACACCACAUCUCUAACAUCUAGAAAGCCCUGCUGGGUCGAAAGGAUACACAGCAGCAAGCAGCAGCCUCCCCCAUCCCCGGUGCACCGCCUCUCCUCUGCCGCUGACUCCAGAGCUGACAGGGCGGCGGGAGGGCUGCUGUCCUCGUCGUACAGGCAGCACCAGGAGGCUCUGGCCACGGAGCGAGAGAAGAAACGUCAGGAGAGAGAGGAGCGUCUGCUGAAGGUCGAGAGGGAUGAGAGGAGUCGCUGCAAGUGA